AUGUACAAGGUCGUCAUCCUGCCAACGCUACUGUAUGGAGCGGAGACUUGGACGGUGUAUACAAAGCAGGCACGCCGUCUGAACCACUUCCACCUCAGUUGUCUUCGUCGCAUCCUGAGGCUGAACUGGCAGGAUCAAAUCCUCGACACUGAUGUGAUGGAACGGACGGGAAUACUCAGCGUCUACGCCAUACUGAGGCAAAUGCGGCUAUGCUGCAGCGGCCAACUGGUGCGCAUGGACGACGAGCGACUACCGAAACGGAUCUUCUACGGGGACGUCGCGACGGGUUCUCGUCGUAAAGGAGGCCAGAUUCGCCGUUACAAGGAUACCUUGAAGUCCUCCUUGAAACGCCUGCAAAUCAACAAGUCCAACUGGGGAGAGCUCGCACUCGAUCGACCGACCUGGAGCCGGACAGUGAAGACAGGCGUUGCGAUCUACGAAGACAAUCGCAUCACUGCCGCCAAAGUGAAACGCGAUGCCCGUAAAUCCCAACUUUGCCCAGUACGCAACGCCGCCGCACAACCGCUUCCAACGUGUCCUCGAUGUCAACGGACAUUCCGGGCUCGAAUCGGACUUGUUGGACAUCUUCGGAUUAACUGCGCCUCUCGAACUGCACCAACCAUCGUUCCCCCGCCCGCCUCUUCCUCCCCCUCUCCGCCGCCAACUAACUCUGUCAAUUCUUCUGACCCACCACUUCCAUCCUUCUCAUCCUCCCCCACGUCCUCAUCCUCCUCCGCCUCCUCCUUCUCGCCCACUUCUCCAACGACGGCCGCUUAG